GACCAAUCACGAUGCGAGGUUCGGCAUCAAAACAUUGCGUCUGUGUUUUAAACUUUUCCGCGAAGAAUUCUCCCAAAACUUUUGUUUCUUUUUUAUUUUCUCGAUGUGUUUUUACGAUGAAUGAAUAGUGAUUAUUAUUUUAGGCCUGAGACAGAUGUAAUAUAAGGGGACAUAGCUAUGACGCCAAAGAAAUCCACAUCUUUGCACAAAAAGAGUCCAAUUGCUAAGAAACCUUCUCCAAGAAAGAUGUCGCGCUCACCAAUUUCAUCAGCCAAGUCUAAGAAAAGGAAGAGUUCUGAAACUGGCAAGAAAUUGAAAGCACAUACAUCGCCGACUUCACCAGACAGCCCGGGAACUUCUGAGAUGGUCAGUCUCUCGCCACCCAGGUCAAGUGAGAGAUAUAACUUUAGAAACAUUACGCCGCCUUCAUAUAAGCUAAAUGCCCGUUACACUCCAGCUAGAACACCGUUGAGGACGCCUGCUGCCAUGCUACAAAGAACCCCUGCUCAUAAACUUGGCCGAACACCAAUGGCCACUCCAUUUAGAACCCCUCGAAUAAGACCAUUGGAGAAUGAGUCACAUUUAGAUCCCUCUGCAGCAUUCAAGUUAUACAAAGAGGAAGCGGUUACCUGGAAAGCGCACCUAAAAUUGCUCACCAGUAAAAUAUACAAGUUCUGUUACUUGAGUUCAAUGUCCAAUUUUAGAUACGAAGAUAAACUCUUGAGAAAAAAGUACGAAAACUUUUUAAAGAAUAAGGUAUUAGAAGUAUAUCCUUCAGCUGUGUUAACAGUUUCACUUAGUACUACGUCCUGCUUAACACUCGAGCCGAAAACCGUGGACGCAGUGAGAAUAGAAAUUAAUUCCGUAAGUCUCGGAACUACUACAGAUGAAGACGUAGACAUGAAUGUGUAUCGUGCCUGGUUAUUUCGAAGUACGAAGACCCAAAGUCAGUCUUUCAGUGGGUUGGAAUGGUUCCCUGUGAUGUUUUAUACUGGAAGAGAAGUCAUUCACCAUGUGGUUAUUAACUGGCUCCAGGGGUCUUUUGGAUGCUACAUUAGUAGACAUAGUGUCCGACAAAAUGAACUUUUGUGGAUCGCUGGAGUUUGGAGCGGAAGAUUAUGUCCCGUUCCCUCUCACCAAAGCAGGCAGCAUCUGGUUGUAGAUUUUGUGUAUCAUAUCCACCCACCUUUUGGAAUGGACUCUUUACCUGUGCCUAAUCACAAAGGAAAGCCCAGAAUAGCAAUGAGCAUUAGUCUGAAGGAUAUACAACAUGUGUGGACAAAUAUUGUGGACAGUAGCUCUGACCGAAUGAAAGAAGAAGAUUUGAACGAGUAUUUCUCCACACUCAACUCCUUUGCUGAAAAAUUAACUCGGAUACCCAAGUACCUUCUCCAGUUAUAUCGACUCCAAACUCCAUGCAUAAAUUUGAGUGCCGAUGGGAAAGUGCGAGUCCCAUGCAGUAGAAGUGUAAAAAUUAUCGUGAAUCACUUGAUUGACCUUUUUCUUCAGGUUUUAGAUAUUAAUGAUGAAAGUACAAAUGAGACGUCUGAGGUGAAUGGAGAGCUCUCUGUAUCAGUGAAUAACAACAGCAUUUGAAUCCAGAAAAUAUAGUUCUUAUGUAUGACAGGGCGUAAUUUAUUUUAUAACCUUCUCUUUGUGUACAUAUACAACUGUCUAGAUGUUCUAAUUCACAAAUGACACUAUAUGUAUUUGCCAAUUCUGGAAAUGGUGGAUGGGGGCUGCAUAAUUUUCAUUUUAGUCCAGAAAUUUAUACAGUUAUUUCAAAAUACAUUCCAUUCUGUUUUUUACUUGGUUAACAUGGUUUCCAUGUAUACAUUUUAGCUUUGAUUUUCUUUAUUUUUUUUUUGCCAUUUUAUUUCUUCCAUUCAGGUCAGCUAUGCUUUUAUAUCAGAUUUUGAAUAUGACCUUAAUCUAUAGGUCAUUGUUUUUUCUUUGGUAUUUAAAGCAAAGUUAGUUUUAUUAUGCUUGUUGCCCUGUCUUUUAUUUCCAAAAGAGAUCUAUUAGUGUUGUUAAGAUAAUAGCUUGCAGUCUUUUAUGGAAUCUUUUUAAUUGAUCUGUCUCAUAGGCGUGAUAUGUAUGAGUUUGUAUUCUUUUAUAACACUUAUCCCAUUAAAAACUAAAAGCAAAUUGAAGUAAUUGUAUUGGUCUGGGAAUUCCUUUUCAGUAUGCCUGAAUUGACACUGUUCAUGUUUUUAUUUCACUGACCAUUUUUUUUACACUAAAUUUUUCUUUAUACAUGUUUCAAACUUUAACAGUUACUCAGUUUUCUGCUGUACUUUAUGUAAGUGUUCGUCUUUUAAUUAAUUCUGUUGAUGCUGUCAUGUUGUUCUUGUAUCCUUUUAUUUUUUAUUGUCAUGUAUGUUAUUUAUGUCUAACAUGUUAAUUGUGUUCAGAAUCAUAGAUUUAAUGUCUGCCUGACAUGUCUUCGGAAUCACAGAUAUUAUGUCUAACGUGUCAGAAUCAUAUAUGUUAUGUCUGUUUAAGAUGUCACUUGUCUUCAGAAUCUUAGAUUUUGUCUAACAUCAUACUCGUGUUUAGAGACCGGACUAGUUUUUAGAUCCCUUCCCACAUUUUCUGAGCAGAGGUGCUGCUUGUUUAUCUUAAAAGACCUGCUGCUUCUAUGAUACUGAAUAAUCACAUUUUUUUUAUAUCAACCUUUCUAAAAUGUAUGUUAUAGUGUCAUUGUCUAUUAAUAGUGCUGUAGCCUUUUUUUUAGGUGUUUUUCUGUAUGACUUUUUAUUCAUCACAUUCUUUAUUUAGUGUCUAGUCAUCUUUCACCUGAGUCUUUAGUCUUUUUUAAGUUCCAAGUAUCAGACCACCAGGGCAGGACACAAAGUAGUUGCCAACUAAAAGGUACUGUGCUUGAGUUUUUACAAGAAAACAUUUCUAUGUGAAAUGAACUGGUUCCUGUCAAUGUCUACCCAGUGGGUUUGCAGUGAUUCUGGUGCUCUAGUUCAACAUAGUGACCUGGCAGUUGUGGUACUAGAUAAUUUAAUAAAUUGAUGCCCUAAUGAGAGUAGGUUCAAAUCCAGUUUCCUUUAUUUCCCAUUUUAUAUUUCUUGUUUGGCAGUGUAGAGCACAUCCAAACACAUUAUUUAUGGCUAUUCUGGCCAUUUAUUUCUAUGAAUACGUAUAACCUUGGCAGUUUUUACUGUUGAUUUGCAGUUUUUUACUUGGCAUCAUGAUGGAAAAUUAUACCAUAUUUUCCAGAAUUUCCUGUUUGUGCUGAAAAUGACUUUGUUAUCUGUCAUGUUCAUAUGAUUUCAGAAUUCCACUUCUUUACAUGCCAGAUAUUUCAUGAAGGUAUCCUUGAUCAUAGUCCUUGUUACCUGUUUGUCAUUUUACGGUCAGUUAAUUUCCUGCCUUCCAAAGAUGCCUUGUUAAGGGAGGAAUGACUUCAAACCUUUAUGGCUCAAGAACUGUCUUUUUGCUAAGAUCAGGUCCAACACUUUGGGCCAAAUUUAUCAUAGGUCUAUUUUGCUAAUUCAUGUCUACUUGUCCUAAGGGCAAUCAAUGUCAUAAUCAAGGUCAUACCAUGCUCAUCAGCAACGUAAAAACACCAUACGUACAAACUAAAUAUCAAGCCCGAUAGCUCAAGCAGAGAAAAAUAAGACUAGUAAGUCAUAGAAAGCUUUAGCUAAUAUGACUGGAACAAUUAAAUCAUUCCAGAAAUUGAAAAUUCAUGUUACUAGUUACUCUGAUGUUCCUACCCACAAACAAGAGACUAGGAGUUAGAGUAUUUUAUGGUAGAAAGGAAAUAUCAAUUGGGUUGUGAAAUGAUUUAAUUGGGUAAUUAUACACAAGCUUCCAUACCUUAUGCAUCAGAAGUGUGGCUAAUUUUCAUGGAUAAUUCAACCUGACAAUCAAACUAAAGGUCUCUACUAUUGGCAAAAGUUACAAUACUCCAGUCUUGAAGGCAUAAAAAUCCCUUGGUCACUCACCUAACCCUUUACUUGCCCAUUGUAAUUCUAUGCUUCAUGGUUAAGUUUAGGCUAAUUAAAAUUCCAAGUCCAGUUUAGCCCAAGUAGGUUAACACAUAAACAUGUCUUGCAGGGAUACAUACAGGCUGGUUCCAGGUAAACAAAUAAUUGUACUUGCAUAACCAAAUAACUUAUGAUUACGGUGCUGCGGGCGUGAUCUAACCCUACCUCUAAACUAAGGAUAAAUCAAGGUAUUUGUUUGAAAAUUUUGUGAUUUAUCAUUGAAAUCUAUUAUACCAAGCUUUCACCUUUUGGCAAUGGCUGAAGUUUGAAUCAAAGAUGUCAACACAGAAAUUCUAUUAAUGUUUAGCAUAAAAACAUACAUGCUAAAAUUAUGCCCCCUUUUUUAGAAUCUUUACAGGGACUUUUCUCUGCAAAUAUUCUAAGUCUUUGAUAUUAAUAAUAUCACUACCUCAUUAGAUGGCAUUGGAUGUCUAUAAUGUCCAGUAAUAAAAUUCUAACAUAUGAGUUCCUUUUCAUUCAAUGAACUGAUUUUUUUUUACAAGAACUCAAGUGACUUAAUUAUGAACAUACUAGUGCCAUACACAGCCUAAGGCUUCAGUUCAAAGCAAGCAACUAAGUAAACACCUUUAAAAUGAGUUGCUGCUAACACAGAAGGUGACAAAUCCCCCAUGGGUAAUUUCCUACUUCCAUAGGGGGUUACAUUCCCUCCUGGCAACCUACUCGGAAUGAGUGCAUUGGUAAUCAUUUGGGGUUUUAUUUACUAGCCAUUUCACACAUUCUCGGGUUAUUUGAGUCCUUACUCUUGAUGUUCAGUACAUCACUGUGGUUGAUGUUUCAAUGCACUGGGCCUGUGAAAACAAUUCCUUGAAUAUAAUUUUUUGUCUUACUAUAUUUACUUCACAAAAUUCCUUAGUUACACUUCUUUCAGUAUGAUCAGAAAUUGUAUGUAACAUCUCUGAUAACUGAACUUUUGAAAAAUGCAUACUUAGCAGGCAUUUCUUUCACAAUUUUAAGUGUAGCAUCAGGCAGUCAUAAGACUGAUACCCUGCAGCUCCCAGUCUCUUACAAUACCACGCUGAACCAUUUCAUAAGAACCUUGGUGUUCUUAAUCUCCCAGUGAACUUCAAACUACUGCAUUGUUCUUUUUGGAAGUAGUACCAAAGUGUAACUGUGAUUGUAUUAUUUUUUCCCCCUUACUGUGAGCAUGCCUCCCAAGGAGGAUUUGUUGAUAAUUUCUGGAUUGGACACAGACUAUGGCAAGUACCAAAUAUUUGUGUUAUUUUUAUUUGUAUAUACUUUUUGUAAUUUAGUUUUUUCAGAUUGUUUUGUUUAAUAUUGUGUUAGAUUUAUUACAUUGUAUUUAGGGCUUGAAAACUGUUGCUGUACACUAAUGGUCUAAGUGGAUUAUGAUAAUUCGGAUUGCAAGCCAAACUUAUUCGUUUAGCUGAAAGUAUGUCGAUUUUGUGGUGUCCAUUUUUUGUGCCUUUUGGCUGCUUGCUCUCAACCCCCUUUCUUGUUCUUGUCAUGCUGGAUAAUUUAUAUGGAAAGCAUACUGCACUCCAUAACUCCCACUGUAUGAAAAGAAAACAUGUAAACCCAACAGUUA